AUGCUGACCGCACAUUCUCUCGCCCGCAGAGCCUCGAAUGAAUAUCAUGUCUCGUCCUCCUUCUCGGCUGAGGCUGGAGAAGACCGCCGCAAGUCGCAGCGUGUCAACCUCAAUUCAAACACAGAGGCAAAAAUCAAGAACCCACUCGUCGGCAUCCCGCGACGAACUCUGCUGGCCGACGUCGACGAAUUCUGCCGCUCCAAGAACCUGGAGGACCAUCGCGACAUCAUCCGCAAGGGCGCGCUGGUGGCCCAGGAUCCCACCGGCUAUGAGGACAUCACCGGCGCCGAGGCCCUCAGCCAGGACGAGAUUGACGCCCUCCGCAACGAGGUUCUGCACAAGUGGCGCAUUCCCUGGACCCUGCUCCUGACCGUCGUGACAUGUUCCGUCGGCGCCGCCGUUCAGGGCUGGGACCAGACUGGAUCCAACGGGGCAAACCUCGACUUCCCUACGGCGUACGGCAUCGGCGCCAACACCAUCCACGACAAGCUCAUCGUCGGCCUGGUCAAUGCCGCGCCCUACAUCGGCACGUCGUUUGUCGGGUGCUGGUUGUCAGAUCCCUUGAAUUUCCACUUUGGCCGCCGGGGCGCCAUCUUUGUGGCUGCCAACUUUUGUCUCUGGCCGGUGAUUGCGAGCGCGUUCUGCAAUUCAUGGCCCAGGCUGUUGAUAUGCCGCCUGCUGAUGGGCGUUGGUAUGGGCGCAAAGGCGUCUACUGUGCCCAUCUUUGCCGCAGAAAACUCGCCGGCCCCUAUCCGAGGCGCUCUCGUCAUGAGUUGGCAGCUGUGGAACGCAUUUGGCAUAUUUCUUGGGACGUGCGCCAACCUCGCCGUCAGGGGAAUUGGCGCCGAAGCGUGGAGAUACCAGCUGGGGUCGGCCUUUAUCCCGGCUGUGCCGCUCGUCGUUCUCGUUUACUUUUGUCCCGAGUCGCCGCGAUGGUACAUCAAGAAGAAUAGAUACAGGGAUGCCAUGCGGUCUUUGCUCCGCCUGCGGAACAGCGCCGUCCAGGCUGGCCGUGACAUUUACUACAUCCACGUCCAGCUCGAAGUCGAGGCCGAGUUUAUGGGCAACGGCAACUACGUCCGCCGAUUCAUUGAGCUCUUUACCAUCCCCCGAGUCCGGCGCGCAACCUUGGCAGCCGGCACGGUCAUGAUUGCGCAGCAAAUGUGCGGCAUCAACAUCAUGGCCUUUUACUCGUCCACCGUUUUCCUGGACGCCGGAGCGAGCACCACUGGGGCGCUCUUGGCCUCGUGGGGGUUUGGCCUGGUCAACUUCUUGUUUGCCUUCCCCGCCGUGUGGACGAUUGACACCUUUGGCAGGCGAUCUCUGCUCCUCUUUACCUUUCCGCAGAUGGCGUGGACGCUGCUGGCGGCAGGGCUUUGCAAUUUGAUACCCGGGCAGGGCGGCCUUCAUCUGGGCUUCGUUGCCUUCUUCAUUUACCUGUUUGCGGCCUUCUACUCGCCCGGCGAAGGACCCGUCCCGUUUACAUACGCGGCCGAAGUCUUUCCCUUGUCUCACCGUGAGGUAGGCAUGGCAUUUGCCGUGGCGACCUGUUUUCUCUGGGCAGCCGUGCUGUCCAUCACCUUCCCCCUGAUGCUUGCUAGGUUGGGCGUCAUGGGUUCGUUUGGGCUAUAUGCACUCUUUAACGUUAUUGCCUUGGUCAUGAUUUUCCUUUGGCUCCCAGAGACGAAGCAACGAACGCUGGAAGAGCUGGACUACAUCUUCGCGGUGCCCACUCGCGUGUUUAUGAGAUACCAAGUCACCAAGACGCUGCCGUGGUGGUGGAAGCGAUGGAUCCUCCUUCAAAAAAAUGCGACCCUCGAACCCUUGUACACGCUGGACGUGGCCGAACACGUCGACUCGGACGAAGGCGAAGACAAGUUUGAGAAUGACAAGGCCAAGGUCGAGCUGAAGGACCUUGUUGGCUUUACACCAGCGGCUGUAAACGCUAGAUCGCUCUCCCCCGAAGCUACAGCGUGA